UAUUUUUGUUAAAGCAGUCGACAUCGGCGAUACCGUGAGCUGUACUUGUGCUUUUGCGGUAGUGUAAAUAAGAUGGUGUAGUAUUUAAUGAAGUUGCCUCUUGCCAAUACAUUCAGCAUGACGACCCCUCCGAAUGUGUAUCAGCUUCUUUCUUCUCUAUAUAUUCUUGUGUGGACAUCCCGAAGAUUGAGUGGUGUGCUUGGAAUAAGUCAGGUAGAGAUCGAAGGCCAUCUAGAGCUUGGGCGACAACUUCUAUCGAAAGGACAAUAUGCCGACGCUUUGUCGCAUUACCACGCCGCAGUUGAGGGUGAUCCCGAAAAUUAUUUAACUUAUUUCAAAAGAGCAACUGUGUAUCUGGCGCUUGGAAAGUCCAAACCAGCUCUCGAAGACCUAAACGAGGUGAUAGCUCUCAAGCCAGACUUUUUGGCUGCAAGGCACCAACGGGGUUCUGUACUCUUAAAGCAAGGUUAUUUGGACGAAGCUCACAUUGAUUUUGAGUGGGUGUUGAGGCUUGAUCCGCACAAUGCCGAAGCGCACCGAGCAUACACAGUCAUUGAGCCCUUAAAGCAGGACAUAUCGUUAGCACAGAGACUGAUGGGGGAACAAAAUCACAUGGGUGCAAUUGAAGUCCUCAACAGGGUGGUACAGGAAUGUCCUUGGGAUGUGGUGUUGAGGGAGAUGCGUGCAACAUGCUACGAAAACCUGGGAGACAUCAACAAUGCAAUUAACGAUUUGCGACCGACUACCAAAAUGGUUUCGGACAACACGGUUGGCCACAUGAAGCUCAGCAAGCUCUACUACAAGCUUGGUGACGCUGAAGAGUCUCUCAACACAAUCAGAGAGUGCCUUAAACUGGAUCCAGACCACAAGGACUGCUUUGCUCACUACAAGAAGGUCAAGAAGCUUGUGGCCCAACUGAAGAGCAUUCAGGAUCUGGUCACGGAGAGCAGGUUCGAGGACUGCAUCGAAAAGGCCAAAGCAGCGCUGCGCACAGAACCCGACGUGGCACCCAUCGUGCAGACAGUGAAGGGCCGCAUGUGCCACUGCCACAGAAAAGCUGGGAACACGGCCGAAGCCAUUACCAUUUGUACUGACGCCAUACGGCUGUUUCCCGAAGACGUCCGAGCACACUGCGAUCGGGCAGAGGCCUAUCUAGCCGAGGAGCAAUACGAUGACGCUAUGCAAGACUUCCAGAAGGCAGCGAACUUAGAUGAGCAUUCGUGUGGGCCGGAGGGUGUAAGAAAAGCACAGCGGCUACAGAAGCAAGCUGGAAGGCGGGACUACUAUAAAAUAUUGGGUGUCAAGCGAACGGCCACCAAGAAGGAAGUGCUCAAAGCGUACCGCAAACUUGCCCAAAAGUGGCACCCAGACAACUUUCAAGACGAGAAGAAGAAGGAGGCGGAGAAGAAGUUCAUCGACAUUGCCUCGGCCAAAGAAGUCCUCACAGAUCCUGAGAAACGCAAGCGCUUCGACAACGGUGAAGAUCCACUGGAUCCAGAGUCCCAGCAGGGCCAGGGCUUCAAUCCAUUUCAACACGGCUUUCAUCCCUUCGGUGGUGGUGGUGGAUCUGGGGGAUCGUUUACGUACAAAUUUGUGUUCAACUGAACUCGAUUGCGGCACCCACAACCGUGAGGCAGCACUGGGUGCAGAAGCUGUGCCAUUGCAGUCAAGAGGCAAGCGAACCAGACCAGCAUGCUGUCUGCUGCCAUCUACACCAUCAGCCAUUUCAUUAAAACUGUUCAUAACAAACUUCUCAUGCCCACCUUCAUCCUGUCUGGACAGCAAGCCAGUGAUACACCUUGAGACUCCAGUGAGAGUACCAGUGACUAGUGUACAGAACACCUGAAUUUGCUUUGAAAUAAAGCUCUUCGUUUUUUAGGUUUUA